UCGGUAUAAGUUUUGCUACACGCACACAGAUGUCAGCAGAGUUUCUCAAUCUGUCACUUCGGUAGGUGGAGUACGUUUGAUGAGGGAAGGAAAAACUGGACACAGCCACCAUGCCUUUCUGACAACUCCCGUGAGCCGACUUCCGAUGAACACUUCACCCGUUAGCGUGUUGCUCUCACCUUCCAACCGUCAUACCUGUUAGCUGCUCUUUGCGUGAUUUGACAACUGUGGAACAACACCCAUGCGCCUGUGUCAGAAGUUACAAUGCUAACCCCCGUUAGCUGCUGCUGCUGCUGCUGCUGCUUCACGUAGCUAUGCUUUGACUUGAAGCUGCCAUCGAAAAGAGCGGUAAAUUGACUGUAACGGCUGGUUUAGUUUUUAUUCUACGAAGUUAAGCGUCAGUUUGAGCAGUUUCCCCGUUGUUGCACGCGAAGCUAUCAAUCUGUGACAGACAUGGGACUACACCCGCUGGAAUUCAGUGAAUGCUAUCUGGACAGCCCCCUCUUCAGGGAGAAAAUCAAGGCACACGAAGCAGAGCUGGACAAGACCAACAGAUUUAUCAAAGAGCUGUACAAAGAUGGGAAGAACCUCAUCAAUGCAACCAAGCAGCUUGGGAUGGCACAGCGAAAGUUUGCACAGUGCCUGGGCGAGUUUCAGUUUGAGUACAUCGGUGAUGCAAAGACUGAUGAUGAACGAUGUAUUGAUGAGUCUUUGCAAGAGUUCUCCUCAUUCCUCAAGAACCUCGAAGACCAAAGAGAGCUGAUGAUGAGAAACAUCACAGAAACCUUAAUGAAACCUUUGGAGAAGUUCAGGAAAGAUCAUCUUGGUAUAGUAAGGGCGGAAAGAAAGAAGUAUGAGAAAGAAACAGAGAAAUACUACAGCUCCCUGGAAAAGCUUCUGAACAUGUCAGCAAAGAAGAAAGAGCCACAGCUACAAGAGGCAGACAUCCAGGUGGAAACCAUGAGGCAGCACUUUCAGGAGGAGUCACUGGACUAUGUGUGCAAACUGCAGGAAAUCCAAGAGAGAAAGAAGUUUGAGUGUGUGGAGCCGAUGCUGGCCUUCUUUCAGACCGUCUUCACCUUUUACCACCAGGGCUUCGAGCUCGCCAAGGACUUUGACCAUUAUAAAAGAGCACUGCAGAUCAAUAUUCAGAAUACAAGGAGUCGAUUUGAGGGCGCGCGGUCGGAGGUGUACGAGCUGAUGAAGAGGAUAAGGGAGGCACCUCAAGAAUACAGGCAGACCAGCCCUAUCAGUUAUGAAGGCUACCUCUAUGUACAGGAAAAACGGCCACCUCCCUUUGGUUCAAGCUGGGUCAAGCGCUACUGCACAUUUGUCAAAGAGCAGAAAAUCCUACACAUGGUGACCUUCGACCACAGAUCUGGUGGCAAGCAGGGUGAAAUGGAGUCUGUCACGCUCAAAUCCUGCCUCCGCAAAACGACAGACAUGUUGGACAGGAGGUUCUGCCUAGAGCUCGACAUAACAGAUCGGCCAGGCACGGUGCUAACAGUACAGGCUCUGUCAGAGGAUGACCACAAGUUUUGGAUGCAGGCCAUGGGUGGGAAGGAACCUAUUGGACACUAUCUUGGGAGGACUUUCUCUAAAGAAAGAGGAAUUGAUGCCCAGCUGGAUGAUGUGGGUUUGAGUUUUAUGAAGAACUCCAUCAGCGCCAUAGAGACCAGAGGUAUUAAUGACCAAGGCCUGUACAGAGUUGUCGGGGUGAGCUCCAAGGUCCAGAAGCUCCUCUCAUUAAUGAUCGAUGAGAAGAGCAACGAAGUGGAUCUGUCUACCAAUGACGACUGGGAUGUUAAGACAAUAACGAGUGCACUGAAGCUUUAUCUCAGGAGCCUUCCUGAGCCGUUGAUGACCUAUGGACUUUACAAAGAGUUUAUUAGCCCUGCGAAGGGCGGUAGUCCAGAGUCUCGCAUCCAAGCCGUCCACUGCCUGGUCCACAAACUACCGGAGAGGAAUCGACAAGUCCUCGGGCUGCUCAUGAAGCAUCUGGCCAAUGUGGCGGCUCACAGUAAACAGAAUCUGAUGACUGUGGCCAACCUGGGCGUGGUGUUUGGCCCCACAUUAAUGAGGCCACAGGAGGAGACUGUCGCUGCCAUCAUGGAUCUCAAGUUCCAGAACAUUGUGGUGGAGAUCCUCAUUGAACACCACGAAAAGAUCUUUGCAGAUGCUCCGGAGUCAUGCCCUCUUUCACCUGCUGCCCCAGUAUUCUCUGCUCCCACAAGGCAGUCCAAGAAGCUGAGUCGACAGAAUCGGCCUCUGGCUGUCUACAAUCCACAAGCCCUAGACAUUCAGAAUGUGUCAGCAGUGGGAGAUAGUUCCAGUCUAGCUACAGAUGAGACAUCAAUGGGCAGCAAUGAGUCUGUAUCAUCCCAGUCAUCGUCAGCCUCGGCUUCAGAGGUGCCAACAGAGAAGAGCGAGCAUGUCCCACUUAGUGCCACCCUCAGCUCAGGCAGCAACUCCAGGGCCCCCACAGCAGGAGCCUCCUGGUCCAGCACUGGAGCCUCAGGAGAAAGCCAACCUGCUUCCACCACCGCUGCCUCUGAAAAAGACAAGCCAGAGGAGAGUGUCACCAGCAGGAAAGCCAAGGCAGUGUACCCAUGUGAGGCUGAGCACGACUCUGAGCUCUCCUUCCAGGUCGGCGCAAUAUUCAACGCCGUGACCCAGUCGAGAGAGCCAGGAUGGCUGGAGGGGGAGCUGGAGGGAAAGAGGGGCCUCAUCCCUGAAAACUAUGUGGAGAUGCUGUAGCCCCCCGAAUGGAAAAUAUUUAUGGACAAGCUAUGACCUCCACCAGGAAAAAAUAUGCGGAGAUGCAUGUGCCUCCACUCUCCACCAUAGAGCCUUUUUUAUCCAAACCCCUGAAUUCUCUCAAGCAAGUGACAAUAUGUUAUUACUGGUGGAACAUUGUUGAUACACAAGUAUGUGCAUUUUUAGGCAAUUUUGUGAUGCAUGUGCAAGAAAUGUUUCUUUGAUUUUACUUUGGUCGAGUAUACACAUGGAUUUCAGCAUCACAGAAUGGGUUUGCACUUACAAUAUUCUGCUGUGUACAGAGAUGCUGUAGCCUCUAAACAUCCAGGUAACUUUGUAGCAGCACCAGAGAAUGUGUGUCUUUCUAUCCAACGCCUCACGCUCUCCUCCAGUUAUACAUGGUAUCCAUGAGCUCCCCAAGUCACAGAACCAUCCUCCGAAACCACAAGGAUGAACGUCAGCACUCAAGUCACUGCUACCAGUUUUCGUUCAGACAUUUUGCACCAAAUCCAGCAGCUUUAGAUCCUCUUGACAAUGAUGCAUAGUUUGUUUUCAGCUUUUAAAAAAGAUUAAAGAUACUGUACUUACCGUGCCUUAACCGUCAGAACACCUAGUGUAGAUGUAUGUACGGGUAUGUGUGAAAAUGAGUGUUACUGCUUUCACUUUUAAAAUGUUUUUGCAUUUCUUGUCCUUUAAAAAAAAAUUUUGGAUAUUCAAAAUGAGGCACAUCGCUAUUGUAAUUUUAUUUUAUUUAAUUGGCACAUUCAUUGAUUGCAUGACUUUUGAAUUUUAACUACACUCUGUACUGUCUUGUUCUUGGUGCACUCCUUUACAGAAACACAGCAAAACGCCUCUUUGAUGACCGAGGAGCCUCUCGUGUUUAACACUAGCGUCAGACAGAGUCAGACAGAGGUAACUUUAAACAGAUAGCGAUUGAAACCAAGUGUUUUUCCUGUUAAACGUUCUGUUUGUUGUUUGUUUUUAAGCUUAUUUUUAACGUUGCUCAGUUCGUUUUCUGAGUAUAGAAAUGAGACACUCCCACAAAGUUGAAAUUUUAAGUUGAGCUUUAUUUUAUCUUCAGUGAUUGGAAAUCCGUUUUAUCAUCAGUAACACCACAAUAUGCAGUAUUUCAAAGUUUUACAUCCAGUCAGUGUAUAUAACCUAAACAUUGAAAGAGUUUUAAGUGCCAAGUAUGUUUUACAGGUCUCCGUUAAGUGAUGGACAUGUUUUCACUCGGAUUGGUUUUAGUAUGUUCACAUGUCCUAUUACAAUUCAUCCCUCAGCUGUUCAACAUGACACUUUAAUUUCUCUGAGAGCUUUGGUUCAGCAGACUGUGUUUUCAGUUGCGCUAAUUUAAGACAUUGAUUUAUGAUGUUUGUAAAGGGCCUUGUCUUCUUUCAUUUUUAUAUACCUUUGGGUAUCCUCUUGAUCAAUGUUAAACAAAUAAAGAUUUUUUUUUUUCGUUCUUUACUGUAUUAUGUAUUCUUGGAUGAAAUAAAUGUGGUUAAUGCUAAUUUAAAACAGAUUGAAGUC